GCUUGAUUGUUUCAAGCGGAGUUUCAAAAUGAUCGCUAGACUGAUGGGACCUGGCUUGUUUAAUUCUCUUCGUUGCUUACGUAAUACUGUAACACCGAGUUUUGCACGUAUUUCAUCAGUUACAAAGUGCGUAUUUGAGAAUAAAUUGCCCACUUAUACGUGCUUCAACCAGUCGCGUAGAUGGAUCAAAUGUGGACUGUCCAGGGCUGAAGUAGAAGAUAAGGUGUUGGCGGUUUGUUCUGCUUAUGAUAAAAUACAGUCCGAUAAGCUAACUUUAGAUUCUUCUUUUAUGAAAGACCUCGGACUUGAUAGUUUGGAUCACAUAGAAGUGAUAAUGGAAAUUGAGAAUGAAUUCUGGUUUGAAAUAAGUGAUGUGGAGGCCGAGAAAAUGCAUACUCCCCGUGAUAUUGUAGAACAUGUGUGCCAAUCCAUGAUGAAAGUGCAACCUGUCACCUGAAAUAUUGAUUCAGUGUCGUGAGCUUUCGUUUCGUACUAAAAUUUUAGACUCUGUAGAUAUAAGCCCUUUAAGGUUGUUAUUAUUACCUGUAAAUGUGUCCGACUUUUUAAUUUUAUUUGGAUGGCUAGAAUCGCUACCCCAAAUAAAUCUAUAAAUUGGAAA